CCUCCUGCCGGGCGGGGCGAGGCUCGGCAGUCCCGGCGCGCUGCCGCCGCGUGGAGCCGCGCUGCGUGUUCCCGAUCCCAUAUCCCCGAUCCCAUAUCCCCGAUCGCACACCCCACAUCCCCGGUCCCGGCUGGCUCCGAGCCGCCCCGAGCCGUGCCCCCGCUGCGGGCGCGGCGAUGGGCGCGGGGCUGUGAGCGCGGCCGGGAGCCGUGGCCAUGGGGAACAUCUCGUCCAACAUCUCCGCCUUCCAGUCCCUGCACAUCGUCAUGCUGGGCCUGGACUCGGCGGGCAAGACCACGGUGCUCUACCGCCUCAAGUUCAACGAGUUCGUCAACACCGUGCCCACCAUCGGCUUCAACACGGAGAAGAUCCGGCUCAGCAACGGGACGGCCAAGGGCAUCAGCUGCCACUUCUGGGACGUGGGCGGCCAGGAGAAGCUGCGCCCGCUCUGGAAGUCCUACAGCCGCUGCACCGAUGGCAUCAUCUACGUGGUGGACUCAGUGGACGUGGACCGGCUGGAGGAGGCCAAGACGGAGCUGCACAAGGUGACCAAGUUCGCGGAGAACCAGGGCACGCCGCUGCUGGUCAUCGCCAACAAGCAGGACCUGCCCAAGUCGCUGCCCGUGGCCGAGAUCGAGAAGCAGCUGGCCCUCCACGAGCUGACCCCUUCCACCACCUACCACAUCCAGCCCGCCUGUGCCAUCAUCGGCGAGGGGCUCACGGAGGGCAUGGACAAGCUCUACGAGAUGAUCCUCAAGCGCAGGAAGUCCCUCAAGCAGAAGAAGAAGCGGUAGAAGCCCCAGCCGAGGCGGGGAGGGAUGGGGGAGCAGACAAAGGAACCGAGGGGGAGACAGAACCAAAGCGAUUCUUUUGGGUUUAAUCGUUCUCCUUUUUUUUUUAAAUUUUUUUUUUUCUUCUCCUCCCCUUCUUCAUUUUUUCCCCCCUUCCUUCCCCAAAAGACAGACAAUAGUGGUGAUAACAAAGCGGCUCCCGCCAGCCGAGCCCAGAUCCCGGAGCUCCCCUCUCCCGUGCUCCUGAGGCUCUGAUCCGGACUCCCUUGGGCUGGAAACAUGGAAAACCGGGAUGGAUCCCCCCGGGAUGAAUGAAUCCCCCCACUCUCUGCAUCUCCGGGACCGCCACCGAGCCUUUGUGUGCCGGGGAACCAGCAGGGCAGGACCCUGCUGGAGCGCGUUCGAGCGGAGCCCAGCGUGCUUCUGGAUCUCUAAGGGGGGAUUUGGGGGUGUCGGUGCCAGCUCCCCCCCCCACACGCAUUUUGGGGCGGGGGGUGAGGAUGAACUCGGCAAGGUCAGCGGGGAGGGGGCGUGCAGCCCUCAUCCCUGCAUCCCCGCAUCCAUCCCUGGGAAGGGGUGUUGAAAGCUUGGAUGGGGGGUGUUUGGACCAGCAGAAAAUGUCUUGGAGAGGGUGGGUGUGAUGGGUAAGGGGACACGCACCCACCCUGGUUGGUGUUUUAGGGUGCAGAGCAAGGACGGGCAGCCUUUGGCUUGGCGGGGAGGAUGCGACACUGGGGUGCCGAGCGGCUGCUGAAUGGUGCAGAGCGCUGUUGGCUCAAAAAAAGAGGAUGGAAAAAGGACCCGAGGGUUCGGGGUGAGCGCUGCUGGGAGCCUUGGGGGGGCCGUGCAGGACCCCCGUUUCUCAGAGGCUCGGCGCUGUCGCCUUCUGCAGCAGAGCCCCCGCAGGUGGGCAUUGUCCAAGUGCUCAGGUGCGGCUUUGGAGGGGAUCCAAACCAAGGGUUAUUUAGCAAAACCCCCCCAAAAAGGCAAAAUUCGGGGUUCUGCCCGCUGUGCUGCUCUGCAGUGGGGCGGGAGGCCAAGUCAGGGAGGGUCAUGGCAGGGCAGGAUGGAUGGAUGGACGGACAGACAGACAGAGCCUGCAAAAAAUCUCUCUCUGCUGGAAAGGGAAGAUGGCAUGGGGGGAGGGUUGUGGUAGGUUUCUAAUAAAGAUUCAAACCCGAUUUAAAGCCCCCAGUAGCCACAGGAGCAAGCUGUGCCUGCUGUGCAAGCUGUGCCUUGGCCCCUCCUGCAGGUGAACAUUUCAUACCUGCACGGGGCUGGGCAUCAAAAUCCACUCAAAAUCCUGUCGAUCCACAAAAUCCUGUGGAUUUCAGGGUCCUGGCUUCCCACAGAGCUGGAGCAGGCAGCCCUUGGGGGCCACAUGUGCUGGAUUUGGAGGCAGGCAGCAUUUUCUGGUGAUUUUACACCAGAGCAGCCAAGGGGAAAGCGCCAGGCAGACAAAAGCCCUUCGGGUUCAGGGGUGUUGAUCCUCCCCAAACAGCAUUUUUGGGGGGUGGGAAGGGGGUUUGUUAGGGAAGAAAUGUUGCAGCAGGAGUUUUUUCUUCUCCUCUUGUGGGGUUUGAGUCGCCGAUGUGUGUGGGCUGGUCCCAUCCCUUCAGGUGGCUCUCUUCCCGCUCCCUCGGCUUUCCCUGCUUUGUCCUCACCUCCAACACUUUGGUACUUGCUGUCGAGAGAGAGAGAGAGAGAAAGGAAAAAAAAAAAAAAAGAAAAAAUAAUUAUUUAUUUUUGAUGCCACAGAAGCCACGUGUGUGAACCCGUUUUUGGCAGAAACGUAGAAGCUGUGUUUGACCCCAGCAGCUCCAGGGCCAGCAGGUUGUAGGAAUGACACGGUGGUGGUGGGCUUUUUUUUUUACCUCCUGGUUUAGCAGAUGGAAAAAGGCUGUUUUUUUAUGGAGCUGGCUCCUUCCUGGGAGCCUGUGUUCCACCCAGGAACAGCUGAGCAUCCCCUUGGAGAGAUGGCAGAGGGCUGGGAGGCACGGGUGGGACGCCGUGCCCGCGCCCUUGCCGGCCGCUCCGCUUCCUGCAAUAAUUAAAAAGACCUUUCCAACGA